AUGAUCUGUGCUGAAGGAGAGGCUGCUGAAGGAACGUGUUAUGGAGAUCCUGGUGGUCCAUUACAGUGUGAGCAGGAUUCUGUCUGGAUCUUAGCUGGCGUCACUAAUCCUUCUUGUGGCACUGGAAUUGCUCCUGACAUCUAUGCUCGAGUAUCCAAAUUCCAAAACUGGAUAAUGGAGAAUGUUAAUGGAACAGAUAUUGGCUUUGUGACUUUUACAUCUGAUGGUGAAGAUAAGGACAGCAACUUUCUGUGCAGUGGAGAAGAUAUAGACAUGGACAACAGCGUCAAUGGAACAAUCUCCUAUCGUCAGGUCACCAGUGGUGAACUCUUACUAGCAGCUUCAAACAACUUAAACCGUUAUUUUCCAAAUCUGAACUUCACUGCGUCAUGGCUGUUCAUUGCCACUUGGGAUAAAGUGCCGUAUUAUAACAACCCACAAUUGGUCAACAAUAAUGGGCAUUUGACGUUUGAACCGUUUGAUGAAAGCCUCCCCAAGGCUUUCCCUGUCAACUCUUCUAGAGACAUUAUAGCUCCACUCUGGACAAAGUUUGACUGUAGCAUCAGUGGAAGCAUCUCCUACCACAUUGUAACUCAAGGCUGCAUUCUGGACAGAGCGAGAAAUGAUAUCAAACAGUAUUUCCCUCAGUUGGGGUUCUCAGUGCAUACAGUCUUCAUUGCUACGUGGAAUAGCCUGCCCUAUUUGAACAACCCCACUACGGCUGGCUACGACACAAUAAACUCAACAAAUUAUUUUUCAAUCCCUGUGCCUGAUGAAAAUAAGCUGUUCAACUCCAGCAAUGUCAAUGUGCCGGGACGCUGGGUAUUUCGUGUUGAUGGUGGACCUGAGGAGGGAAUAUUCUAUCCAUAUGGAGAUGAAGAGGAUGAGAUGAACCCGCAGUCAGAUGAUGGAAGUUCUCCACCGAUUCCUCUGCUGCAGCCAUUUGUGUACUUUGGCCGUUUAUAUGACAACAUAUUUGUAAAUAAUAAUGGAGACCUGACCUUUGAUGAGCCAUUUUCCCAGUAUAAUCCCUAUUAUUUUCCUGCAUACUCGACUAAAGACAUCAUCGCUCCACUGUGGGCAGACAUUAAUAAUAAUAAUGAAGGGACUAUCUCUUACCGACAAGUAACAGAUGCUCUUCUUUUAAAUCGGGCUUCAAGAGACAUAAACAAAUAUUUUCCAAACAUUAACUUUUCUGCCUCUUGGGUUUUUAUUGCUACAUGGGAUAAAGUCCCAUACUACAUAAACAAAGAGGCGGAGUCGACCUUUCAAGUGGUGUUGGUGUCUGGCAAAAACCUGUCAUUUACUCUCAUGCAUUAUGAUUUCAUCACUCCCAUCCAAAGUGUAGAGUCUGGCUUUGACACAAUAAAUUCUACUAAUUUCAUUUCACUUCCUGUUAUGGACAUUGCAAAUCUACCAUACACAAGCAAUGUCAACAUCAUGGGUCGAUGGGUAUUUCGUGUUGACCAUGUAACAGGCCACAAUGGUCUGUUUUAUCCAACUGGCUAUCAGGACUCUCAGAACCUCUGUCAAAGUAAUGGAAUCUCAACAGCUCUGGACUUGCAGAAUCCUCCUUCCAAGUUGUUCUAG